GACCAUCCUGCAGGGGGCGCCGCGGCGAGAGGCCGAUCGCGUUGGUGGAUCUGAGAGACGCGGAGGGGAGGGCAGGGCCUGAGGUGCAGACUGGACGGAAGACAUUGGCAGAACUUCGUGGCCAGGGUGUAGAAAAUAUCCAGGUAGUGGCUGCAGUUCCACCUCUUGUUUGGUUGCCAUGCAUCCUGGGCGAACUACUGGUAAAGGGCCCUCCACUCCCAUGCAUUUCGACCAGCAACCUCCACGGCUUCUCAUCGUGCACAUUGCUCUGCCGUCCUGGGCUGAUAUCUGCUCCAACCUCUGUGAGGCCCUGCAGAACUUUUUCUCUCUAGCCUGCAGCUUGAUGGGCCCCAGCCGUAUGUCCGUGUUCAGCUUAUACAUGGUACAAAAUCAGCACGAGUGCAUCCUCCCUUUUGUGCAAGUAAAAGGGAACUUUGCUAGAUUGCAGGCCUGCAUCUCAGAGCUCCGCAUGUUACAGAGAGAAGGUUGUUUCAGACCACAAGGCACUUCUCUGAAGCUGGCAGUAGUGGAUGGGCUCCAGCAGUUCAAACAAUACAGCAGACAUAUGACCACAGGUGCAGCUCUGACCUACACUUCCCUAGAGAUUACUGUUCUGACUUCUCAGUCUGGGAAAGAGGUGGUCAGACAAUUGGAGGAAGGGUUGAAAGAUACAGACCUAGUCAGAGUCAGGAGGCUUCAGGUUGUUGAAGUCACAAAGGGAAUCCUAGAGCAUAUGGACUCAGCAUCUCCUGUUGAAGAUCCCAGCAAUGAUGAGAGUUGUAUCCUGGGAACUGACAUUGACCUUCAGACUAUAGACAAUGAUACUGUCAGCAUGGAGAUUUUCUUCAAAGCCUGGCUGCAUAACAGUGGAACAGACCAAGAACACAUCCAUCUUCUUCUUCCUUCACGGUGUUUCAACAACAUUUCCAGAGCCAGAGAUAAUCCAAUGUGCCUGAAAUGUGAUCUCCAAGAGCGACUGCUCAGCCCCUCCCUGCUCCCUGGCACAGCUGACAGCACCUUGAAAAUGGAUGACCCCAAAGGAGACUUCAGCACACUCUACCAGAUGGCUUCCCAGUCAUCAGCCUCUCGUUACAAGCUCCAAGUGAUCAAGGCUCUAAAAUCUAGUGGGAUCUGUGAGUCAUUGACAUAUGGACUCCCAUUCAUCCUCAGACCCACAAGCUGUUGGCAGCUGGACUGGGAUGAGCUAGAGACAAAUCAGCAGCAUUUCCAUGCUUUGUGUCAUAGCCUGCUGAAAAGAGAAUGGCUGCUGCUGGCCAAAGGGGAACUCUCGAGCCCAGGAUACAGCCAGAGAAUCCCUGCCAGCACCUUCUACGUGAUCAUGCCAUCACCCUCCCUCACACUGCUGGUGAAGGCAGUGGCCACACGGGAACUGAUACUGCCCAACUCCUUCCCCCUGCUACCUGAGGACCCACCUGAUGACAGCCUUAAGAUUGUGGAGAGUAUCCUGGACAGCUUGGAGCUGGAGCCCACCUACAACCCCUUGCAGGUUUGGAGCCACCUGUACUCACACCUGAGCAGCACCUUGGUCAAGCCUCAGGGGCGGCUCCACCCAAGCUGGGAGAGCAGGGCCCCGAGAAAGCAUCCCUGCAAGGCUGGGCAGUUGCAGACCAACCGAGUUCGAGCCACAGUGGCCCCCUUGCCUAUGAUUCCUGCCCCAGGAAGAGCCCCCAAGAUGCCAGCAGCCAGCAAACCUUCCUCAGAAGCCUUCUUCAUGCCUUCCGAGCAGGAGGAGUAUCUCUCAGGGCCCUAAGUUGCCGCUCCAGCACCCAGCUGCCCCGCUUAAUCGCAUCCAUGCUAAGACUCACACAAUGGCUAUCUGUGGGCAGACCUGCCUUCUAUCCACCUGAGCCUCUGUGAGCUCAGACUGCCCUGCCAGGAAACAGGGCCUUUCCCUCCUCUGUUCUGAGUGCUGCCACGGCCUCACUCCUCAAGCCAGAAGUGACACACCCAAGCCUGUCCCUUCUCUGGCAGGACUCUCAUUUUCUUUUGGAUCAUUUGAUACUGUUAACACAGAUCAAGAUUAAACACCCAGCAGGCCUCCAUCAUUGUUAGGAGCAUUGCCAUGCCCA